UGUGCGUGCACGCACGUGUGCCCGCCGGCCGGGGGAGCGACAGGCUGGCAGGCAGCGCAGACACAAGUUACAGAAGAUGGUCUGUUUUGAAACCUCUUCCUCUGAACUCUCCUUACGCAGCGCUUUCCCGGAUCGGCCAUUUUUGCAGGAGUCUGCAGCCGGUCGUGGCUACAGACUGCUCUCUGCGGCCAGAUCGGAUGAAACUCGUCACUUCUGUCUGCACCCUAGAUGAAGACAAAGAGAUUGAGAGAGACGGAGAGACAACUGAGAGAGGCAGCCAGGAGCUCGGACACUGCCGGCCGGCCCCACUUGUGAGGGGUGAGAGAGCAGGAGCGCAGGCCCAGGCUCAUGUGAGGCAGACUAGAUGGCUGCCAAGCUGGAGCCAGCACCAGCUGUAGUUCUUCCCUUCCCAGCACUGAUGCAUCCUCCGGCAUCAAUGGGGGAGCAGGAUCCAUCAGGCCCCAAGGCCAAGGCGGGAGCUGAGACGACAGGGAAAGCCCCUCCUGUUAUCCAGGCAGGAACAGGCCUCCCGACAUGGGAGGCAUCACAAGAGGUCAAGGAGGAACCGCCAGAGGAGCCUGUCCAGCGCUGGCAGGUCACAGUGCACAAGCAUCUCCAAGACGUGGCCUUGGACAUGGAGGGACCUGGGGCAUUGAGAGAACCUCUUGGCUCCCAGGAGAAGGGCAGAUGGAGCGAAACCCCAGGGACCCAGGAGGAGCUGACUUGUGUCCCCAAAGAGGAGCCCCCAUCCCACCAGGAGCCAGGCGUCUGUCCUGCUGCAGAUUCCCCCGACACAGAGGAAACCUGGGACUCAUCAGCAGAUGAAACUUCCUUGAGCUGCUUCCCCAAACGAGGCCGUCCGAGAGGGGCAGCAGGUGGAUGGACCCUGAGUACAGCUGAAGAGCAGCCUCCUGAGGAAGGGCCUGGAAACCUGCAGCUGCUGAGGCCAUCCCUGGGAAGAUCUGGGGAGAGGGGACUCCCAACACCUGUCCUGGGCCAAGUUCAUGAGAAGCAGAGCUGGUGCCCACAGCAGAGAGAGAACGUCGCUGUGAGCAAGCCAGAUCCUCAUCUGUCCGGUGUUGUAGAGAACACACGAGCUACGUUACAGACCAUGGAUGGCCCAGCUCCCUCAUCCUCCAGCAGCCAAACCCGUGGUCACAACUGGGAGUAUGGGGAAGUGAGGGAUCUCAUCGCCAUCUGGGGUGACAAAAAGAUCCAACACCAGCUACAGAAAAGGCACCGCAACAGGGACAUCUUUACAUGCAUUGCCCAGCAGAUGCAGGCCCGUGGCCACAACAGGGACUGGAUGCAAUGUCGUGCAAAGACGAAGGUGAUGAAGAGCAAGUUUAGCAAAGCACACGAUGCCAGCCAGCAUUCCGGGGCCCGAAGGCCCACCAUGCCCUUUUAUGAUGAGCUUUCCCGCAUCCUUGCCAAGGACAGGGCUGUUGAAAUCCCACACGCUUAUGGUACCACAGCAGGGCAGGAGGAUUUGGAGCCAGGGACCCCUCCAGAUGAGGAGGAGUUGGUGACACGCCCUGUGAUAGCAAGAGAAACAGAUGGCCAGGAAGGAGUUCUCAGGGGCUCUAGUGGAAGAACACAGCUGCUGGUGCCAGCCCCCAAGGAGACAAGCACACUGCUGCUGGUCCCCACUUCGUCUCAGAGUAUGGGAGCGGAGGUCCAGCUGAAGCUGGAAAUCUGCUCUCAGGACAUUUUCUUGCCCUUGAGUAAGACCACAGAGCGUACCACGCAGGAAGGGGAAGCGAGCUCUGAUGACACGGACAUCAAGAUGCAGGACCUGGAUUCCCCAGAGGUGCCCUCCACCUCACAGGAGCCAACACCAAACCUGACUUCAACCCAACAGACUGUGGCCAAGCACACAGCCCCCAGUACAGUGUUCCUUACACAGGGGCCACGGCCUGAGCAACCCACCACCAGCCUUCCUCACCCUUGUCCUGAUGACUCGGGCCCAGAGGAAGGACACCCAUCAGCCCUGGAGGGCACGACUAGCCACAGCUCCACACAGCCAGGAGGACCCGGGGUGCAGGAUGCCGGGUCUGUGCAUGGGAGGCCAGCUCAGGAGGAAGUGGAUGGUACCUCGAGGCCAGCCGGGCUAACAUCUGCUGAACGCAUGAGAGAUGUCAGGAGACGUCGUCAGGGCUGUAAACUAGAAAUGCUACAGUCACUGGUCUCGCUCUGUGACCGACGUGCACGCACCGCAGAUUCCUGGCGUCAGGAGCUGCGGGCUCAGCAUGAAGAAAGGAAGGGGGAAAUGGACAGGCUGGUCCAGGCGCAGGAGCGGGCCGCAGCGGCACAGGAGCGGGCCGCAGCGGCGCAGGAGCGGGGGCUCCAGAUAGCCAAACACAGUUUGGAUGAGGCAAACCGUGCCACAGCAGAGCUCAUAGAGUUGCUGCGCCAGGAGAGGGAAUUGAGCCACAUGAUCCUGAACCGAUUGGCAGCUACAUAUGCCCCCCCUGAGGGGUGCCAGCCCUCCAUUCUGGAGGGAGCAGAUAGCCCUCCCAUCCAGGAGUGGUUGGGUUGCCAGGUGCCCAGUCCUUCACAACAUACUGACCUACAACUUAGGGACUCUUCCCUGGGGCAACAGCCAGGGCCGAUGGGGACAAUGGCACCAUUCAUGGCUCCACCCUCUUCCCCUGACUCUGGGCGUUCGGCCCGAAGGCGCAGGCCCCCAAAGCGUUUUCAACCUAGCCCUGAAGAGCCCCAAGAGCACUUCAAAGCCGGGGGGCAGGCCAGUCCACCCGAUGGCCCAGCCACUGGCACUCGAAAAGGGAGACUGGGCCGUGGGGACUUGGGCUGAGGGAGAGCCAGGAGGACAGGGUGUUAUGUCCCCAGUGAGAGGCCCUGUAUUUCAUGACUCAAGGGCCAUGGUUUUCUCUUCCCUCAGUUCUGACCCUCUACUAGAGACCCCCACCCAUCUCCAACUAUCCCCCAUCCCUGUCCUAACCUGUCAUGCCAUGGUCAUUCUUUCCCCACUGCAUCCCACCCCCCACACACCCUUCAAAGAUUCCCCAGUUAGUGUGAAUUGGGAAGAGGGAGGGCAAGCGUUCUGCAGGUUUUCUUACUAAUUUUGCAAAUACAACAGUAUAAAACAA